GGCUGUUUGACUUUUUUUACAUUGACAAGUUAACUCUUAUUACUUUUUUUUAAUAUCCACUCAUUGAUUAAAGCAAAAAUUGCUCUGGUAUCCAUUAUUCCGACGAAUUACAGUACAGUAAUUGAAAAACAAAGAUCGUCUAUUCCAACAUGUCAGGAAAUGCAACGACCUACCUCCUGAUUAGCUUCGUCACCGCUGACGCCGCGUGAAACGUCAUUGACAUGAGCCCAUCUUUGAUUUUAGCCCAUUCAAUACUUUAUUAAGGUGUACAAGUGGAUAGAUCAGUUAAAAAAAUAGUUAGACGUUAUUAUAGAAAUGUGGAGGCGUUUGUACGCCAGCAUCCUUCAACGAGCGUCCAAAGGCACCGACUUCUUCAAUGCACCACAGUGUCCCCCCCUUGAAGUAUUCCAUCCUUCGCCUCACCUGCAACCUGGACAGCAGCUUCACACACACACGUUGGGAAUCCAACCUGGACGCUGUCUCUCAACACAUCAGGAUUUUGACUUUCAACUCAGCAGAAUUCAGAUUAACAGCAUUCUGCGAUCAAAUGAGCAGAGUGUAAGUAUACCUGAAUUUGAUGGAAGGGGCGUAAGGCUGGUGAAAAAGUUUGAGAGCAACCACUUAGCUGCCAACACCCCUAAUGAGGAUCGACGCAGCGCAGCCAUCUGUUUGCAGGCGAAAGGCAUGCUCUUCGGCGUGUUCGACGGCCACGGUGGCUGGGCGUGUGCGCAGGCUGUCAGCGAGCGCUUGCUGUACUACAUCACCAUCGCCAUGAUGCCCAAGAGCAGCCUGGAGGAGCUGGAGGUGUGCAUGGAGCAUGGCAGGCCCGUUCCACCGAUACUGCAGUGGUAUAAACACCAUGCAGAUUUUAACUACCGGGACUCUGCGUCACUCUACAUUGAUCAUCUCAGAGUAUUCUGGCAGGAGUUGCUAAACGAGGAACACGGGGAAGGCAUGUGUCCUUCAGAUGCCAUGCAUUACGCCUUCAGACGUCUUGAUGCUGACAUCUCCUUAGAGGCUCAGGUUCCUUUGUCCUGUGACCUGAUGAGAAGCACAGCCAUACAGGUUGCGUUUGCUGGCUCCACAGCCUGUGUGGCUCACAUUGGGCCGGAUGGGAUCCACGUGGCGAAUGCCGGUGACUGCAGAGCUGUUUUAGGUGUUCAGGAGGCUGACGGCUCGUGGAGUGCCAUGCCCCUUUCCCAAGACCACAACUUCCAGAACCGGGCUGAAGUAGAGCGGAUCAGGGGCCAACACCCAUCCUCAGAGAGGGACACCGUAAUCACAGAUGAGAGACUUCUUGGAGUUUUGAUGCCCUUGCGUGCAUUUGGUGAUGUGAGGUUCAAGUGGAGCCACGAGUUGCAACAGAGCAUCUUAGAUGGCCUGGAAUCCAGAGUGGACCUGGAAUCACUCAACUUGUACCACUACACUCUGCCCAAUUAUUUAACGCCACCCUAUCUUGAUGCGGUCCCGGAGGUCACGUAUCACAAAGUGAGACCACAGGACCGUUUCCUUAUCCUCGGGACGGAUGGCCUGUGGGAUGAACUGGGGAAUGAUGAGGCUGUGAGGCUCAUUGGCGAGCACCUGAGCGGCAUUCAUGUAAAGGCGCCGGUCUCUCAGUUGGAGCGGCAGCUGAAACUCGGUCAGAUGCACGAACUCCUGCUCAAACGUCAGGCCCGCGCCUCACCCGCCACAGACUCCAAUGCCGCCACACACCUCAUCAGACAUGCGCUGGGCACAGGCGAGUACGGCGAACUGUGCCAAGAGAGAUUGGCGUCCAUGCUCGCCCUGCCGGAGGACCUGGCCCGCAUGUACCGUGAUGAUAUCACAGCCACUGUGGUGUACCUGAAUCAUCACAGCUAGCAAAAUCUACUACUUAUAUAUAUAUUUAAUUAUACAUGUCAGUAUUUCUCUGUUUACAAGCUUGUAUUGUUAAGUUUACACAUGCCUACUCCUUAUAGUAGCGUGUGUCAGGUCAAAUACGGAUAAAGUGGUCAGAUUGCAUAAACUCUCAAAGCACAUUCCUGUCUAUUUAGAGCACUUUUUCCCCAUGUCUAACGUGGUUCUAGAAUAACGCACACAUUGUUUUGUUCUUAUUUACAUCUACAGUUUGUCUUUGCUGUUGACAAUCCCUGUUUCUGAAUUUAAAUGUUGUGUUUGUGUCAUGGUACAAUUUUUAAAAGAACUACAUGAAGGGAAAAAAUAUAAAUACAGUAUAUAUAUAUAAAUAUAAUUUGAGUUGUGCUUGUUCACAGUUGGUUUCUGUUGAAUAAAAGCACACAUUUGCUAAAUAAACUGAGUCGCUCUGAUCCUGAUGUGUUUUGUCUAAUAAAAG